CCGACAGCUCUAGCGGCCGCCGUGCCGUGGCACAGAGGGGCGUAACGGGCGAGGGGGGCCGGGGGCGCCAGGUCCCCACCAGCGCCACCAGCCCACGGCCCCGCCGCGCUCCGCCCCACCCCGCCCGUCUGUCUUCGGCUUGGCCCGCCUCUCUACACAGCACAAUCUUUCGCACCACGUACGCCAGCCUCAGCCGGGCCCGGGCAAAGCUCGCCUCUGCCCGAGAGUGAGUGAGUGAGUGUGUGUACGUGUGAGUGUGGGCGUGUGUGAGUGUGCGCGUGUGCUCCGUUUGGUCGCGCUUCCGAUGCGUGCGCUGCGUGUGUGUGUCACUCUCUGCCAGUCUCCUGCCGUGCGGUGCCGAGUGCGCGUCGUCUGCUAGCCAAGCACACACACGACUGUUCGACUCCUACUGUUCGCGCGCCAAGCGCUUUUCCUGCUGUCUGCUGCGGCGCCUCGCGGGUUCGUGUUUCCUCGUACAAGGUCGCGGCCACCGCAGCCGCCGCGGGGCCGGACGGUCGAAAUCACCCCUCCCCCCCAUUCUCCCCUCUCUCGUGCUGCCGCGUCGUCCGCCCGCGAGUUUUCAACAGCGGCCGGCCGACCUAACCUCAACGUGGUUUGAGCUCCGGAGUACUCUGCCCCGAGCCGUCGUGGUGGGCGCCGUGCGUCGUGUGUCGCUGUCCGUCUGUAUUCGCGCGCGUGUGAGUGUGUGCGUGUGUGCGUGGUGUCGUCGGGCAGCUGCAGGCCUCCCCUGGCCACCCCGUCGAGGCCCAGCCCCGCCUCGCAUUGGCGUAGACCCGCCCGCCCCCGCGCCCGCCUGGACGUUGCUCCCCGACGCCCACCCGUCACCGCCGUCAACGGGCCGACUCGUCAGAGGUGGAGGACGCGGCCGCGCCGGAGCGCUCACUAGCCCCAGGAGGAGUCCCGCCAGAGACCAGACCAGGACGCACGCGGCGCCGACUGACUGAGCAGCAGCUGAAGAGGGUUCGUCGCGACGCUGUGCGUCCUCGCGCUGCUGCCGCCCAGAGCCAUGGCCGCCCCCACCGGCGCGCCCUCGCCCUCCACGCAGCCCAAGUGGGUCAACCCCUGCGGCCUCAACACCAAGGAGGUGGAGCAGGACCUCGAGUACCAGGGCGAGUCGCAGACCGUCGCCGACAUCAUCCAGAGGAUAGUCACGUUAUCAAAGAACGCCCUGGACCACGCCGUGAGCUUCCGAGUUAAAUACGUUGAGGAGACGUUCCAGAAGGAUUACAGUGACCAUCACGGCCUUUGGAAGGAGCACAAGUACUACUGGCUACCCCAAAUCCCCAAGGAACUCGGGGACAAAGUCGACGAGGGGCACCUUCAAAAACAGAAGCUUGAAGAUGCCCUGAAGGACAUUUACCAGUACCUGCAAAAGUACGCCGUCGGCCUUGAACAGGUGGUCUUGGACCAGAAGGCCAACGGUGGUUCUUUCAAGAAAGAGUUUGACAUCGAGGAGAGCCGUCUGAGAAACGUUCUGUGCGAAGUCCAGGUGGCCAUGGCCGAACAGGGAGUCAUCCAACACCCCGACGUGACCCCCGACAUCAUGAGCGGGGAGUUCCGGGACCCCAACAUGAGCACGGGCUGGCGUAACGUGCGAGACUGGAUCAUCCUCCGCGAGUACAUGAACGGCCUGGAGUACAUCAUCCAGAUGCUGGAGUAUUUCAAUCGCCCUCAGUGAGGUGGCCCGAGGGAGCCGAGCACCAAAGCAUGACCAACCGCCACCGCGCUACGAUAGGAGCACGAGCCCCUCCAGCCAAACGCACGCUUCGUCCCCGGAAACGCUGGUGUUUGCGAUAGUAUAGUCGAACGUAGGGGGAAGAGCGGAAGCCACUUUUUGUUGUCCUAACUGAUCACCCCGUGAUCAAUUUUGUGACUGUCAGGUGUUCACAUUCACCUACAUAUGAUCCUCUUGUCAUUUUCAUUAAUUUAUCUUUUGUAUUAAUUUAUUUAAAUCGAAGCGUACUCCUAGGCAUUAUGACUUGUCACCAAGAGCAUCACUCUUCACAAAUGCACAUCUGUUCUGUUUCAGGAGGAUUUCCAAUUAUAACUAUUGACAAAUUGUUUUGUGCUAUGCUACUUUGUUUUAAUUUUAUUAUCAUUGUUAAAGAUUUUCAUUUUAAUUUGUUCAUGAAAUUAAAUUUUGAAAAUACCCAACUUGUAGCUUUUAGAGGGAAGCUUCCUGUGUGCAUUUGUGAUCAACCUGAAUCAUCAACACUGUGAGACUGCAUAGAAAUGUAACCUUUAUUUAUCACUUUGUCCAAAUAUGUGUUUCCUAGCCACUUAGUGUUGUAUCGUCCAAGCUUUCUUAGAAGUUUAGUUUUUGAAAGUUUUACAAAGUUGUUUUCAUAUUUUAUGAGACUUUGACCAUUGUACAAGUAUUAUAUAAUUAUAUCAAUUGGAAUUUGUAAGUCCAAACAUGCAAAUUUUGAUGUGGUGGACCGUUGUCUCCAAUUUGCACUAUUAAAGCUAGAUUACUAUUUCAUAGUAUGAGGUUUCACUAGUAGGUAGUUUCUCACUUCCAGAAUACUGAGUUCUAAAGUUCAACUGCAUUGUUAAACUGUACGUCACUUUGAAAUUUUUUGUAGACCAUUUGUUUUGUUUUUGAUUAACCAUUUCAUCCAGAGGUAACGCUUUGGCUGAUGACACCUGUAUUACGUUUCUAAGUUCUACAAAUAUGAUCACCUUUUUAAUUUCUGAAAUAGCUAUAUAGUGUAUAAAAUAAUUUAUUGACUCUGUUCUUAAAUCAAGGAACAAAUUUUUAGAGCACAGUUGUGUUGAUUCUUCUUUUCUAUUUAUUUUUUACUAAUUGAUCUGUGAUAUUUAUGUAGCUGUUCCUUUGUAUACUAACAAUGUUACUCAGUUAAUGAAAUGUGGAUAUGCAUUUCAAUGAGGCAAUUUUUAAACAAAACCCGUGUCAAUGUGAUAUUUCAGUACAUUGUUUUAUUUGUUCUCAUCCUAGAAAGGAACAAAACCAUCUUAAAUCACAAAAUUUGUCAUAUUUUCAAUGUUUAUUCUCAUUUUAGGUUCUUUAAUCAAAUUUCCUAAAGUCUUAUUUAAAAAAUGAACGUUGAAAAUAAAUAUAUUGUUACAGAUAUGCUUAAAA